CUUAAGCAAACAUCAGACGACGAGGUUCUCUUUGUCCCUUUGAGGCUUUGAGCUUUGGCUUCUGACCAAAGGAACUUUAUAAUAAUCCGAGACGAAAGGGAGAGAGGAGAAGAGAAUGCCACAAGAAAAGCCUUUAGCGUCAAGCAGCAAAGGAGAACUAAGGAACAGUGACUAUGAGCUUGCUCUAAGGAAAGCUCAAGAGGCAGCCGCGAGAAGGUACCAAGCGACGGCAUGGCUGAGGCAGAUGGACCAAGGCGCGGCGGAGACGAUGCCGUCGGAGCCGUCGGAGGAGGAGUUCUGCUUGGCCCUCCGCAACGGCCUCAUCCUCUGCAACGUUCUCAACAGAGUCAAUCCCGGAUCCGUUCACAAGGUGGUGGAGAACCCUGUGAUGCCAGCGGUUCAGUAUGCCGAGGCAGCGGCUCAGUCUGCAAUCCAGUACUUCGAGAACAUGAGGAAUUUUCUCACAGCGGUUAAGGAUAUGCAGCUUCUAACCUUCGAAGCUUCUGAUCUGGAAAAGGGAGGUUCGUCGAACAAAGUAGUAGACUGCAUAUUGUGUUUGAAGGGAUUCUAUGAGUGGAAACAAUCGGGUGGGAUCGGAGUGUGGAGAUACGGAGGGAUUGUUAGGAUUACAUCUUUCCAUCCGAAAGGGUCACCUUCGUCUGUGCUCGGUGGUGAAAGCACCGAUGAGUCUGUCUCUUUGGAUGAAUCCGAGUCAUCUCAAUAUGAGCAGAUCUUGGAGUUCCUUCACCUUUCUAACGAGAUUGCGGCCGAGGAAUCUGAAACUGCCAAUGCCUUGGCUUUUCUUUUCGAUCAUUUUGGGCUUCAGCUUCUACAGGCUUACCUCAAGGAGAGUGAUGGGAUCAACGAACUACCUUUGAAUGCAAUGGUGAUAGAUACCUUGCUCAACAAGGUAGUUAAGGAUUUCUCGGCAAUGUUAGUUUCUCAGGGGACUCAGCUUGGUUUGUUUCUGAAGAAAGUGCUCAAAUGUGAUAUUGGCUCUCUAUCAAAAUCAGAAUUCUUGGAAGCUGUCUUAAGUUAUCUUGGGCACAGAAAAGGUUUGGUUUCAAAGGAGUUCUCAAAGUUUUGUGUAUGUGGUGGCCAACUUGAGAAUGCUCGACCAAGUGUCCGUGAAUUUUCUGGUAAUGCCGAAGUUAUUGAUUGGCAACAGAAAGAGCUAGAGGAAGCAAAAACAUUUCUUGGGGAAUUAAGAUUCCAAGUUAAACAUAUGCAGUCAGAGUGGCAGGAAGAGCUUCUCAGGAUAGCUCACCAUGUAAAGUCUCUCGAAGUGACAUCUUCGUCAUACUACAAGGUUUUGGAAGAAAAUCGUUCGCUUUACAAUGAGGUCCAAGACCUUAAAGGGACUAUCAGGGUCUACUGUAGAGUGAGACCUUUCUUACAAGGACAGACAAACAUGCAAUCGACGGUAGAUUACAUUGGAGAAAAUGGAAAUAUCAUGAUCGUCAAUCCUUUUAAGCAGGGGAAAGAAGCAAGGAAAAUCUUCACUUUUAACAAAAUACUGGCACCAAAUGUCUCACAAGAGCAAAUAUACGUUGACACUCAACCGUUAAUAAGGUCUGUUCUGGAUGGAUUUAACGUUUGCAUCUUCGCAUAUGGGCAAACCGGCUCAGGGAAAACCUAUACAAUGAGUGGGCCAGAUUUGACGAGCGAGAAAACAUGGGGCGUGAAUUACCGAGCCCUACGUGAUCUCUUCCAGUUCUCAAAUGCAAGGACACACAUAACAAAGCAUGAAAUCGGAGUCCAGAUGAUUGAAAUAUACAAUGAACAAGUUAGAGAUCUACUAGUCACUGAUGGUUCUUCCAGAAGAUUAGACAUACGGAAUAAUUCUCAACUCAACGGUCUUAAUGUGCCUGAUGCGAGCCUGGUUCCGGUUUCUUGUACUCAAGAUGUUCUUGAUUUGAUGAAGAUUGGCCAAAAGAACCGUGCUGUUGGGGCCACUGCUUUGAAUGAGAGAAGUAGCCGUUCUCACAGUGUCUUAACCGUUCAUGUCCAUGGGAAAGUUCUAGUGGAUUUGGCUGGAAGUGAAAGAGUGGAAAAAUCCGAGGCUGUGGGUGAGAGACUGAAAGAAGCACAACACAUUAACCGAUCAUUGUCUGCGUUAGGAGAUGUUAUCUCAGCGCUUGCACAGAAGAGUGCCCAUGUCCCCUACAGAAAUAGCAAGCUUACGCAAGUGCUGCAGGACUCUUUAGGUGGGCAAGCGAAAACUUUAAUGUUUGUGCACAUAAACCCCGAAGUUAAUGCCAUAGGGGAAACAAUAAGCACCCUUAAGUUUGCUGAAAGGGUUGCUUCCAUUGAACUUGGGGCAGCAAAAUCAAACAAAGAAACCGGCGAAAUCCGGGAUCUUAAGGAAGAGAUAUUCAACCUGAAAUCAGCUUUGGAGAAAAAGGAAGCAGAGCUGGAGCAAUUGAGAGCAGGAAGCAUCCGGAACACAACCGAGUCCCAGAGAGCAAGAGCAGUUUCUCCUUUCCACAUCCCAAGAACUGGUAACAACGGUAGCUCAAAGGUUGAUGCAAGUCCACAACCAAACGACAAUCUCAGAAAUUCUGAGGCAAGAAGCUGCUCUACUGGCAAGCAGAGAAGGUCACGGUUUCCUUCUGCACUCGGAAACAAAGAGGCAGUUCCAAAGAUCCUCAAUCUAGCAGAAGAACGAUUAAAUCCGAGAUCAUCCUCUCCUCCUGUCAGGAGAUCUUUAUCCACGGAUAGAGGCACCGUUAUCAAAAGCAGCAGGAGCAAGCCUGACGUUAGUGAAAACCAGCCGGUUUCAAGAACGCCUUUUCCGGCCAGAGUACCUGUAACCAAAUCCUUUUCCACAGUCCCGGUGAACCCCCCAUCGAUGCAGAGUAACAUCUCAGAGACCUUCUACAAUAUCCAGAAGAUCAGCUCUCGGAAACUUUUCCCCGAAGCUGAAGAAGAACAGUUGAGACAGGCUCUUAACAUACGCCAAGGCGGUGUGAGGAAAUCAAAACCCGAGUGCAGUAAACCGAGGCCAAAGCACCAAAUCCCCGGUAGGUUUCAGAAACUUGAUGUUGGUAUCACCCUGCAUUCCGAGGCUGAUUCCGAUGCGAAAACCGGUAUGAACGACAAUACCCAAAAGGGGAACAACCACCAGUCAAGAUUUCAGAAAUUCGACGUGGGAAUCAGCUUGUUCGCUGACAUGUUUGCUGGUGAAAAAUCAGAUGCAACCUUAAAGAGUGACUCAUCCGAGACGGACAACGAGCACUUGCUCGGUGAAUCGACUCUGAGCAAUGCUUUGAAGUCGAAGAAGCUUCAAAGAAAUCUCCCCCGAACCUCCCAAACCCUCGAACCAAGGCCGAUGUACCAUGGGGACACUUCUUCGUUCACAGGUAAACUCGAGAACAAGCUUUCAAACGGCUUAACUACUCAUCAGGCGAAAGAAGGUAACAACAAUAUAUCCGUGCCAGAGUUCAGGAGAAGUCGUUCAACGCCUCGUGGGAAGUUUUUGGUUUUACCAUAGAAAGAUCUCCAAAAAAAAAAAAAAGUUUUUUGAAAAAUCAGUUUGAUAUGUUAAAGCCGUUUUUCUUUUGUACAGACAAACUAAAAUUUCGGGUCUUUUCUAUGUUUUUGUCGUGUCCUUUUAAGUGCCUCUGUGAUCUGAGACUGCGAGAGAUCAAAGCUGUGAUGUGAUGAUCAUUAUAUUGUAUUAAUGAUUUUAUUUGAGUGUCUUACAUUGUUAUUGA